AUGAACAGUAAUAAAAAAAAAUUGGCUGGAGCCAUGAUUAAGCAUAAAUGUGAUAAUAACUACUUUUUUCUCCCUCCAUAUCUAGUGAAAACCUACAUCAUGUUCUUAUCAGAAACUGGGAAUCAAACAUCUGUUACAGAAUUCAUAUUACUAGGAUUUUUAAAUAUUACACAUGGAAGGAACUUCUUCACCAUCCUUUUCCUUACUAUGUAUAUUAUCUGCAUUUCAGGGAAUUCAUUCAUAAUUACUGUAACUAUGUUAAAUCGAUCUCUCCAUACACCCAUGUAUUUUUUCCUUGGCAAUCUUUCUUUCUUGGAUAUUUGUUAUAUCUCUGUGACUGUACCAAAAAUGUUAGCAAGUCUUUGGGUGCAGUGUCCCAUCAUUUCUUUGACAGAUUGUAUAGCACAGCUUUAUUUCCUUGUUGCCUUAAUGGGCACUGAAGGAUUCCUACUUGCCUUCAUGGCUCUUGACCGCUAUUUUGCUAUAUGCUGCCCUUUGGUCUACACCAGACUCAUGACUAAAUGCACCUGUCUCCAGCUAGCUACCAUAUCUUGGGUUUGUGGUUUUGUAAAUUCUUCUCUCCAUACAACACUCACGUUCCGUUUGUCAUUCUGCCAGUCUAAUAGGAUUAGUCACUUUUUCUGUGACAUCCCCCCAUUAUUGAGUAUCUCAUGCUCUGAUAUAUUAUUUAAUAAAGUUGCUAUUUUCACAGUUGGCAUAUUUAUAGGUCUUAGCCCUUUCUUUUUAACAUUGGUCUCUUAUGCAUUCAUCCUUCAUGCUAUUAUGAGCAACGACCACAAAGGACGGCAUCACAAAGCCAUUUCUACUUGUGCAUCUCACAUUCUAGUUGUGAUUCUGUUUUAUGGCUCUGCUAUCUUCACAUAUUUCAAUCCCACAUCUACUCAUUCAUUUGAAAAAUAUCAGCUUGUGGGGGUUUUAUAUAAUAUUUUGACUCCCACACUCAAUCCCAUAAUCUACAGUUUACGGAACAAGGAAGUGAAACUGGCUCUGAAGAAAUUGAUGUGUCUGAGAUAA